ACCCGACCCAAAGUCCAGUGGAAUUUCGACCUCAGUCUCACGUAUGGAAAUGCUCAGGGAUCACUCAAGCUCCGGGAAUGCAACGCGAACAUGCACUCCUCGACUAAGGUUAAAUUCAGUGCUGAGAACGUUGUCAUUACACCUGGAACCAUUAUGGCCAAUUAUCUCGCUCUGGGUCUUAUUUGCGGAGUUGGCGACCACAUAAUUUGUCAGUACCCUACAUUCGCCCAAUUAUAUGAGAUCCCUAGGUCUCAGGGAGCGGAACUUUCACUAUGGAGAAUGAGGCGCCAGGACAACUGGGCGCCGAAGAUCGAGGAGCUUGAAGGAAUGAUCAAGCCAAAUACAAAAGCCAUCAUACUCAGCAACCCCAACAACCCCACCGGCUUUGUACUGCCACAGUCGACCUUGGAGCAGCUGAUCGCUCUCGCGGAGAAAAAUAACAUAACCAUAUUCUCGGACGAGGUCUUCCGCCCUCUUCUCCACACCUCUGACCCAACACCGCCUCCUUUCAUCUCUCUCGGGUACAAGAACAGCCUGUCGACGGGCUCGGUCUCCAAGGCGUAUGGUUUUCCUGGUAUUCGGGUCGGCUGGGUUGUGUCUCAAGACAAAGACCUUUUAGAACGCAUUAUGACGAUGCGAGACUACACCACCAUGUUCGUGUCGCGGCUCGACGACAGCGUUGCCGCGUUUAGUCUAUCGCCGGAAGUUCUGCCUCGGAUCAUGCAAAGAAAUCUUGCGAUCUGUAAGGCAAGUCUUGUCCUCUUGGAGGGUUUUGUGAUGAGAAACAAGGAUCGAUGUGAUUGGAUACCACCCAGAGGCGGCGGGACGGCUUCCAUAAGGAUUUUGGAUUCUGUUGGGAGCCCGGUAGAUGACAGGCAGUUUGCUCUUGCUCUGGUAGAGAAAGAGGGUCUCUGUACGCUUCCCGGAGAGGUCUUUGCUGAUGGGACGGAUGAGGAGAUGAAAGGGUACCUUAAAUCAUACUGGGGGAUGAUGUCAAAGUGCGACAGGGAUUGGCUAUACUAG